AUUUGACUGCACUCAUCAUAAUAAUCAUGUUUCUUAUCUAUCUGUAAGAAAAAUAACUGUUUCCUCUGCUUGAUAACUAAAAAACAUUCUUGCUUUUCAUAUUCCAUUCUUUCUUUCUUCUUCUUCACAAAUUUCUCAGCCCUAAUUCUCACAUCAGCAUCAUUUUCAAUUGUUUUUUACUUUAGGGAUGACAAUUAAGAUUAAUAGAAACAUGGGUUUUCCAUGAUUGAGUUUUCAAACAAGUGAUGAUGAAGAUGAGAGUAGUUUAUGUGAUUCUUGGAGUAUUAUUGGCUUCAUUGGUUUGCUCAGUCAAAUCUGAUUAUCAAGGGGAUGCGUUGUAUGCAUUGAAAAAAUCAUUGAAUGUGCCUUCUUCUCAGCUUGUAAAUUGGAAUAGGGAUCAAGUUAAUCCCUGCACUUGGUCCAAUGUUAAUUGUGACCCGACUAAUAAAGUCACCUCUUUAAAUCUACCAUCUAUGCAACUCUCUGGGGAGUUGUCGCCUGAAAUUGGAUCUCUAACAACUUUAAAAGAUCUUAUAUUGCAAGGCAACGACAUAAGUGGAGAUAUCCCUAGUGAGUUUGGAAACUUAUCAAGCCUCACAAAGUUGGAUUUGGAAAAUAACCGUUUGACUGGAGAAAUACCAUCUUCCCUUGGAAAUCUGAAGAACCUCAAAUUCUUGUUAUUGAGUCAAAACAAUCUCACUGGAAAGAUUCCUGAUUCAAUUGCAGAUCUUCCGAGCUUGACAAAUCUGCAGCUGGCUUCCAACGGUCUAAGUGGUCAAAUACCUGACCGUUUGUUUCUAGUUCCCCAACGCAAUUUUACCGGGAACAACUUGAAUUGUGGCAGAGGUUUUCCCCGUCCAUGUGCAUCCGCUAGCGAUGAUUCAGGUGUUUCCCAUAAUUCAAAGCUUGGACUCAUAUUGGGAAUCAUAGGAGGAGUUGUGAUACUUGUUUUUGGAAUUGUUAUAUUUUUCCUCUGGAAGAGUAGAAGUAAAGGCCAUGGACGUGAAGUUUUUGUAGAUGUUGCAGGUGAAGUUGAUCGAAGAAUUGCAUUUGGGCAGUUGAAACAGUUUGCAUGGCGAGAACUACAACUGGCUACUGAUAGCUUCAGCGAGAAAAAUGUGCUUGGACAGGGAGGUUUUGGAAAGGUGUACAAAGGGGUGCUUGCAGAUAACACAAAAAUUGCUGUAAAACGACUGACUGAUUACCAAAGUCCUGGUGGGGAGCAAGCUUUUUUACGUGAAGUUGAGAUGAUAAGCGUAGCAGUUCACAGAAAUCUCUUACGGUUGAUUGGGUUUUGUACGACUCCAUCUGAACGACUUUUGGUUUAUCCUUUUAUGCAAAAUCUUAGUGUUGCUUAUCGCUUGAGAGAGGCGAAACCUGGGGAACCAGGAUUAGACUGGCCCAAGAGAAAACGAGUGGCUGUAGGAACGGCUCGUGGACUAGAGUAUCUACAUGAGCAUUGCAACCCCAAGAUCAUCCAUCGUGAUGUGAAGGCUGCAAAUGUAUUAUUAGACGAAGAUUUUGAAGCUGUUGUUGGGGACUUCGGUCUGGCGAAAUUAGUGGAUGUUAGAAGCACUAAUGUGACAACACAAGUCCGUGGUACUAUGGGCCAUAUUGCUCCAGAAUAUCUGUCGACUGGAAGAUCCUCGGAGAGGACUGAUGUUUUCGGUUAUGGUAUGAUGCUUUUGGAACUUAUCACAGGGCAACGCGCAAUUGACUUCUCACGAUUGACAGAAGAUGACGAGGUCUUAUUGCUUGACCAUGUGAAGAAGUUGGAAAGUGAGAAAAAGUUAGAUGCCAUUGUAGAUCCCAACUUAAAUGGGAAUUUUGACAAUGCAGAGGUAGAAAUAAUGAUUCAAGUUGCACUACUGUGCACACAGUCAUCUUCAGAGGAUCGCCCGACAAUGUCAGAAGUUGUACGAAUGUUGGAAGGUGAAGGACUGGCUGAGAAAUGGGAAGAGUGGCAACAGGAUGCAGUUACCCGCAGAGAAGAGGUUGAGCGAUUGCGUCAAAGAUGUGACUGGGGAGAAUAUUCAACGACGCAGGACCAGCAUGCAAUUGAAUUAUCUGGUGGAAGAUGACUGGAGAACAUUUUACUUCAAAUUCUUUGUUUUAAUUGAUAUUUUCGAUUCUAUUUGUUCUCUAGUGCUGUGAUUUACGUCUGCGGGUGUCCAAAAUUACAAUUCUUUGUAAUAUAUCUAAAGAGGAAAAGAAGUUUUCAAAGUUUCAAUUUAAACUGAUGAAUUCCGAUUUGCAAUUGAAGAAAUUGCAAUUUCACAAA